AUGCGAACCUGGGUGCCGCUGCUGCUUCUUUGCUUACUUCGCCUUGUGUUUACUUGUUUAGGGAACUCGUUAUUUCACAUGUAUUUAACUCCUGUGCAAACUACUCGGCGUUUACCUUCAAACGGAAUUUGGGUGAAACAACCAAGGUCAACUUCAAAGGGUCUUCCAUUUGGUCGUUCGCAGCCACCUCAAAGGCAUAUGUUUAGACCUGCCUAUAACCCAUCUUCUGCACCUGCCCCUGCCCCUUUCCCGCUGAAUACGGUCUCCUCUAGUCCUAGAAUUGCUCCCUUACCAAGACGUCGUGGCCAUCAUCGACAUCACCAUCCAAAAGCAGCUGUAGUCCCUCCAUCCCGUUCAGAAACCACGAGCUGUGACCAAAUUUGUGUGGAUCCACUCACGUCAACUCCAUUUGGUUCACCUUGUGGCUGUGUUUUUCCUAUGAAAGUCAGACUUCUUCUGACUGUUGCUCCUUACACCAUUUUCCCAGUGAUGAAUGAGCUAGAGAUUGAGGUUGCAACAGGAGCUUAUUUGGAACAGAGUCAGGUAAAGAUAAUGGGUGCCACUGCUGAUACUCAAAAUCAGGGAGAAACAGUGGUGGACAUUAACUUGGUUCCAUUGGGAGACAAAUUUGAUAAUACCACGGCUACCCUUAUUUAUCAAAGAUUCUGGCAUAAGAAAGUGCCUCUAAAUAUGACUAUCUUUGGUAGUUAUGAAGUGGUUUCCAUUGUUUAUCCAGGCAUUCCCUCUUCGCCACCAUAUCCAAGUUAUACAGCCAGCAGUCCGUCAGGAAGUGGUGGAGAUCUACCAAUCACUGCCAAUCCAGUGAAGAAGAACAAAGGGAUGAACUUUAGAACCUUAAUAAUCAUCGCAUUAUCAGCAUUUGUGCUCUUGUUGGUCUUAAUUGGGGCAGUUUCCAUUUUCAUAAAAUGGAAAAAGUUUGGGAAACAGUCAAAUGCUGUUGGUCCUGCCUUCCCGCAAUCUAUCAAUAAAAGAUUUGGUGUCGGAUCCUUCUUAACAAGUAGUAUUGCAAGUUCAACAUCAGUAUCCCUCAUGUCCAACAUGGCUCCUUGUAUGUUAUCUGUAAAAGCAUUUACUUAUCUGGAGCUUGUGAGGGCUACAGAGAAGUUCAGUUCAAAGAGGAUCCUGGGGGAAGGAGGAUUUGGACGUGUUUAUCAUGGACUAUUGGAGGACAGGACUGAAGUUGCAGUGAAGAUGCUUACUAGGGAAAAUCAGAAUGGCGACCGUGAGUUUAUUGCAGAAGUUGAGAUGCUGAGUAGAUUGCAUCACCGUAAUCUCAUCAAACUGAUUGGUAUAUGCAUUGAAGGGCGUACGCGCUGUUUGGUGUAUGAACUUGUUCAUAAUGGUAGCGUUGAAUCUCAUUUGCAUGGUAUUGAUAAACAACAAGGAUACCUUGACUGGGAUGCACGGUUGAAGAUUGCCCUUGGAGCAGCUAGAGGACUUGCCUAUCUCCAUGAAGAUUCUAAUCCUCGCGUGAUUCAUCGAGAUUUCAAAGCUAGUAAUGUUUUGCUAGAAGAUGAUUUCACCCCCAAGGUAUCUGAUUUUGGUUUGGCAAGGGAAGCAACUGAAGGGAGCCAUCAUAUAUCUACUAGGGUCAUGGGAACAUUCGGGUAUGUUGCUCCAGAAUAUGCAAUGACAGGGCAUCUGCUUGUCAAAAGUGAUGUCUACAGUUACGGGGUUGUGUUACUUGAGCUUCUGUCAGGAAGAAAACCUGUGGAUAUGUCCCAACCUUCAGGGCAGGAAAACCUGGUAACGUGGGCACGUCCGCUUCUGACAACAAGAGAAGGGUUGGAGCAGCUAGUUGAUCCUUCCUUAUCUGGAAGCUAUGACUUUGAUGACAUGGCCAAGGUGGCAGCCAUUGCCUCGAUGUGUGUCCACCCGGAAGUAACUAGCAGACCUUUUAUGGGAGAAGUUGUGCAGGCUCUCAAACUGAUCUACAACGACACUGAUGAGACAUGUGCGGAGGACAAUUACAGCCAAAAGGAGUCUUCCACACUGGAUGAUUCAGAUUUGAAAGGCGAUUUCGUUCCUUCAGACAGAAGUUGGUGGAAUGCAGGUGCAGUCUCCCCUCAUCUAACAUAUGGGCAAGCCUCACCUUUCAUUACAAUGGAGUACAGUUCAGGUCCACUUGAAGAGUUGGAAAACCGACCUCUCUCAGCCUCGAGUUUGCUUGGGGAACGAUUUUCAUCACCUAUCAGGCAAGGGAAUAGGUCUGGUCCUUUGAGAACGGUGAGAAGUAAGCCAUCCUUUUACAGAUUGAGAGGGAGUAUGAGUGAUCAUGGGAACCUCCCAGUGAGACGCACCGGGAAUGAUGGAUAUUGGGCUUAA